AUGGGAAGCCUCAUUCCAACCGACUUCAUCACCUCAGAUCGCAGCGGCGUCGUAGAAAAUCGACACAGCGUCCACGCAGCCAUCAUUGACGCCGCAGGGAACCUCCUCUAUGCGGUCGGCGACCCAUAUCGAAUGACCCUCGCCCGCUCAGCGGCCAAACCCGCACAGGCACUAGCAAUCCUCGAAACAGGCGCAGUGGACAAAUUCAAAUUCGACUCAGCCGAUCUAGCUUUCAUGUGCGCCUCGAAUAGCAGCGAGGAACGACAUAUCGCUCGCGCCCGGAGUAUGUUAUCGAAAGUCUCUGCUUCUGAGACAGAUCUGCGCUGCGGUGCACAUCCCCCUAUCUCAGAUAUCGUGCAACGCGCUUGGAUCAAGAGCGAUUUCACCCCGACUCCGAUUUGCAGCAAUUGCUCUGGCAAACAUGUCGGGAUGAUUGCGGGUGCGAAGAUGUUAGGUGGAGAUGUGGCGGAUUAUCACCUCUCUACCCAUCCAGUUCAGAUGCAUGUCAAGCGUGUUGUUGAGGAUGUCUGUGGUCUUGAGGUGGACGAGGCCGUGUGGGGUCUUGAUGGGUGUAAUUUGCCUGCACCGGCUUUUAAAUUGCAUUGUUUGGCUCGUAUGAAUGCGACCUUUGCUGCGGCGGCGGAUGUGGUUUCGGGCGGUGGUCCGUCAUCGAGGACUGAGGCGUUAAGUCGGGUUUUUCAUGCUAUGUGGAAAUAUCCUGAGCUUGUCGCGGGGGAGAAUCGGUUUUGUACGAUCCUCAUGACUGCAUUCCGAGGUAUGUUGAUUGGGAAGCUCGGGGCGGAUGGUUGCUAUGGGAUUGGGGUUCGGGAGUGUGAGCAAACACGAUCCAUUGGGGCUAAGGGUGCGAUUGGAAUUUCGGUGAAGAUUGAAGAUGGUAAUAUUGGUGUUCUUUACUUGGCUGUGGCGGAGAUUUUGGAGCAGCUUAAGAUUGGAGAACCUGAGAUGCGUCAGGCACUUUCUGCCUUUCACCACCAAAACAUCGUUAAUACUGUUGGUGUUCAGACUGGGAAGUACUCGCCUUGCUUUCGAGUGCGGGCAGCAUGA